AUGGAAAUUGAUUUUGCUCCAUCACAUAAUUCAACAUUAUUUAGUUCAUUAUCAGUAUCACCACCAACAUCAAUGUUCGAUUCAUUUUCACCAUUACUUCAUUUAAAUGAUGAUUUUUUGGAUGUAUUAAAUUCAACAAAUUCUAAUGAUGAUGUUGAUGAUUGGAUGAAACCAUUAUUAUUUGAUCAAUUACUUGAACAGGAUAUACAACAAAAUUUUCUUAAUUUUAAUGAUAUUGAUAUAAAAGAAGAAACACAAGAUAAAUUAAAAUUAAAUAAUUAUUCUCAAUCACAAUCAACAAUACAAAAGAAUGAUUUAAUUGACUUUUUAAAUCAACAAACAUUUGAACAACAAUUACCACCAUCAUCAUCAACAACAUCAACAACAACUGUUCGUGUAAUACAUCAAGCAAAAAUUGAGCCAACUGAAAUACCAACAACAUUAUAUGUAAGUGGAAAUGAAUUACAAUUUCAUCCACUUGUUACAUCAAAUAAUAAUGGAAAAACAAUUGGUCAUACAUUUACAACAACAACAUCAUCACCAAUUCCAUCAGUACCCAUUCAAUCAUCAUUACCUAUUGUACCAGCACGAGUAUUAAAAGGAAAAAAAUUCAAACGGGGUGGUCGAGUUACAUCACGAGCAACAUCUAGAAAUAGUGCAGCUGCUAAACGACGAUUAAAUUCUACAGGAGCAGAACCCAAAGCUAGUGUUGUUAUAAUUGCUGAAGAUGCAACACGAAUAGAUUCUAAAACAACUACAUUAGGUUUAAGUUCAACAAGUAGUAAUGAUACAGAUCUAUUAAAAACAUCUUCAUCAACAAGAACACGUUCAACAACACGUCGUCGUAUAAAAUCAAUACCACGUGAAGUUAUUCUAUUUCGUAAUGGUACAUUUAUAUCAAAAGAACCUAUAUCAAAACAACAAACAUCAACAACAUUAAGUUUUGAAACAACAUCAACAAAUAACAAUAAUUGUCACCCAUCACCACCAUUACAUCAACAACAAAUAACAGCAACAGGAUUACAAGCAGCUGCACAAAUCGUUGCCUGUAAUGUAUUACGACAAGCAACAUUAAAUGAUGCAUUAAUCGAACAAUUAAUAAAACGUGAACCAACAAAUACGGAUGAUGAUUCACCAAUUUAUUGUUAUUCAACUCCAUCUUUGUCAUCACCAUCAUGUACAAUGACAACGGCAAUGGAUGAAUAUGAAAAUAGUUGUUCGACAACAUUAAAAAUUCUUGGUUGUAACACAACUGCACCAUUAACAUCAACAAAUACUACAACAACAAUUGAAUUACUUACAUUUGCUGCUUUACAACAACGGCAACAACAACAACAACAACAACAACAACAUCAAUAUUGCUAUAUUAAACAAGAACCAGUCACAACAACAACAACAACGACAACAUUUCUACUACCUCGAUUACUUCCAUAG